AUGAGAUUUAUUACUUCCCCUUCAAUUAGACAAUUUUCAGGUCUAGCUCAUAAUAAUCCAUUAAAGUUUAAACAACUAGGAAUACUUUCAACCCCUUCAAAUUCAACUUGGAAAAGUUCUAUCUCCCACGAUAAAUCCCAUUUAAAACCUGAUCAAUCUGUUGAAGAAACCAAAGAACAAAAAUUAUUUGAUAAAAACCAGGAUUUCUUAGAUAGAAUGGAACAUGACCCAAGUUUUAAUCAUUGGAAAAAGCCAAACGAUGAAAAAUUGAAAAAAAUCGGUGAUGAUGCAAGAAUUGAACAAAAUAGACCUGAUGAUGGUGUUUAUUAA